AUGUUCAGUCCUCUUUUAUUCUUCGCUGUGUCUAUUAGCUGUGUACUCGCUAAUAGUAAUGAGAUUAAGGAUGGCGGAUCGGAUAGAGGAGCUCACAGCGACCGAGCGGGCCUGUGGUUUGGUCCUAGACUCGGCAAACGUUCCUUAAGAAUAUCUACUGAAGACAACAGACAAGCAUUCUUCAAACUAUUGGAAGCAGCAGACGCAUUGAAAUAUUACUACGACCGAUUACCUUACGAGAUGCAGGCAGAUGAACCUGAAACCCGAGUUACCAAAAAAGUAAUAUUUACUCCUAAAUUGGGAAGGAGUUUGGCUUACGAUGACAAAGUAUUUGAGAACGUUGAGUUCACUCCACGAUUGGGAAGACGGUUGGCUGAUGAUAUGCCUGCGACACCUGCUGAUCAAGAACUGUACAGACCAGACCCUGAUCAAAUUGACAGCAGGACGAAAUACUUCUCACCAAGGCUUGGCAGGACGAUGAACUUCUCACCACGACUUGGCAGGGAAUUGUCCUAUGAUAUGCUACCAAGCAAGCUAAGACUGGUCAGGAGCACCAACAGAACUCAAUCGACGUAA